UUCUGCAGUCAUUUCAGCGCCCAUAGUAAUUGAGAUCUGCUAGAAGAACUUUGCAUGGCCGUGGUCGUGACUGGAAGCCCAUACCGCAUACUAGCGUACUAAACAGUGUAGGUAGUACGAUCAUUGGGUUACUAUGGUUACCGUACUGUUUAGUAGGGAAGUGUGCGCUUUGGGACGUACAGCCUGCAGCUUUGGUUGACAGCUGGAGCCACGCGGCGCAUGCGCAGUGCGAUUCACACUGGCUCGGUGCUGAAGUUGGGCGGAUGGCAGGAGAAAAAAAAAAAAAGCAGCAGCGGCAGCAGCAGCAGAGGCGGCGGCAGCACAGGGUGAAGAGCGCUGAUGGAGAUAAAACCCGGUGAAAACCAAGUGUAAUACAGUCAGCCCGCGGUGAAGGAGAAACCUCGGCGGAAAAGGACGUUUGCAGGUGAGAGAACCAGCACGAUCCCAGCCGAUAAAGAAUAUUCGAUGCCACGGCACUGUGAAGAUCUUGAUUCCUGGUUCUUGAUUGAGUCCAGCGUUGAUUUUUUUUCUUGCAGCUCUGACAUGUUUUAUCCUGGUUGUACCUCAACCUUGAAUGAAGAAAAGGAAUACCAGGUGUAGCAAACCUACCUCUUCCUACCACACACCUUCUCUUCAAGCAGCCUCCACCAGUGAUGAUAAGAGAAGAAACGAGAGGUCAUCAGCACGUUUCUAUCCCGCCAUCGUUCCUAACUCAGCGUUCAAUUUAAUCACCAUGAGAUUUCUGCCUGAUCUGUGGAGGGAGAGCUGCUAAUUUGCAUGCCGCAGAGUGUGAGUGGAGUUGAGAUGAGGAAACAGCAGCAGGCCCACAUUGAAGGACCCCCUCAGGCCCCCGGGCACCCAAGACCGAACACCUGCUGUCUGUGCUGGUGUGGCUGCUGCAAAUGCCUCUGGAACGAAGAAGGUAGAGAACAUCCUGAGCGUCAAACAUGUACUAAAAUGGACAGCUUUGAAGCGACUGAAGAAAUGCAUCCCACGCUGGAUGAAAUUGUAGCCUGGGCGCGAAGCUUCGAGCUCAUGAUGCGCUCCUCAGAGGGCAGAGACAUUUUUCGCCAGUUCCUCCGAUCGGAGUACAGCGAGGAGAACCUGAUGUUCUGGAUAGCCUGUGAGGAAUUAAAGAAGGAAACCAACCCAACGCUUGUGGAUGAGAAAGCAAGGAUCAUUUACGAGGAUUAUGUAUCUAUCCUGUCACCAAAAGAGGUCAGUUUGGAUUCCCGGGUGAGAGAGGGCAUCAACCAGAGCCUGGCCGAGCCCAGCAGCUCGAUGUAUGAAGAGGCACAGCUUCAGAUCUACACGCUCAUGCACAGAGACUCAUUUCCCCGUUUCCUCAACUCGUCUGUUUACAUUGACCUCCUGGAACAAAAGAGAGCCUGCUUAGACACCUAAGGUUCCAGCCAAAAGAAAAACUUGAGACAAAAAAAAAGUCCUAAGGUGCCACUACAGAAAUGUGUGAGGUUUCCUAUACGUAGAGCGAGUAGUUAAGCAAUUCUUACCGUCAGUAGUGAGCCCGAAGUUCACUUCCUGUUUAAGUGCCAAUAUGAGCUGCUCAGCCAACUGUGACAAAAAGAAUCGUGUAAGGAAACCCAUCCGAGCCCAACUUCCUGUUCUUUACUUCUUUACUUUUCUCUGUUUGGGAGAGACUCUCUCUCUCUCUCUCUCUCUCUCUCUCUCUCUCUCUCUCCAUCUGUCCUUCUUUCAACUUGCCUCAUGUGUCUGAGGACAACUGAAUAAUGAUUUUUAUGAUUGAUUAAGAUUUGUUGCAGGAGGUAACGCCUGACUUUGCAUGAUACAAGAUUGCGGAAAUUGGUUCUAGCCUCGACAUUUAGUUCCAGGCAGGACUGCAGUGGGGUUUUCUUGCGACUGAAGAGCCUUUAAAGCUCUUGUAAACUAAGAUGAAAAAAAAAAUGUAGUUACAAUUUUUUUUUUCUGUUGGAAGCAUUACCACUGUCCAUCUGUCUGCCCGAUUUCUUGUCCGUCGUAACAACGUUUUUCACUGGGAUACAUAAGGGCUAGUUUUGUGGUUGGGCAGCUAAACAAACCAUAAACAUGACUUUCCUCUGCAAAAAUCAAAAUGCCUCGAUAUCAGUUAAAGGGCACCGAAGCUGCUGACGCUGACCAACAACCACAGUUAAUUGUGUGCGUCCUCCCAGGCCCUCCCAGUCUACUCGUCCCUGAGAGAAGCACAGGUACUGUAUGUCACUCGUUGUAAGCACUGCUGGAUUAGAGUUUUGCUUGAAAAUAAAUCAGCAGCAUCUCCGAGGUACGUGAGAGAAUUUA